UGUCAUUUUUUAGCAGCGCCAGGAACAAAUCAAUGGCUUAAAACAGUUGAACUCUGCUGGUGCAACAUGGAAAAAAUCUUUGGGCAGAUAUGGCAGGAGAUAUCGCACACGACUGUAACGUUACUGUCUUACGGCAACUUAUUGGCCCUAACGGCAUUUGUUGUCGUUUUCCUUGUUAUGCGAUAUUAUCAAAGAAAAAAAAUGUUCUCCAACUGUCCACCGGGUCCCAAACCAUGGCCCAUCGUUGGCAAUUUUGGGGCUUUCCUCGUGCCCUCAUUUAUUUCGAGACGAUUUGGACGGGAUCGUGAGGAAAUCAACAAAAAAACGGCAAAUCCGUUGCUGCCACAAGUUGGUUUGAUGGAGCUGUCAAAAGUCUAUGGAAACAUUUACAGCCUAUACAUUGGAACCCAACUAACCGUGAUUCUAACGGGAUACGAUGUCGUGAGAGAUGCGCUCUCCAACCACCCAGAGGUUUUCUCAGAUAGACCAGAAGUGCCCAUCAUAACCAUUAUGACGAAGCGAAAAGGCAUUGUUUUUGCACCUUAUGGCCCAGUGUGGAGAAAGCAGCGUAAAUUCUGCCACACUACUCUACGCAGCUUUGGUUUCGGCAAACUGAGUCUGGAGCCGUGUAUCCUGGAAGGACUGGCCAUGAUCAAGGCCGAACUCCUCAGGCAGAACGAAGAAUCUGGAGGUUCUGGUGUGGACCUGUCCCCCCUCAUCAGCAAUGCAGUUUCCAAUGUCAUCUCUUCAAUAAGCCUCGGUCAGCGUUUUCACCACCAGGACCAGGAAUUCCGGACCCUUCUGGAUCUUAUGGCCCGAGGGCUACAGAUCAGUGUGAACAGCUCCGCAGUACUCAUUAACAUCUUUCCCUGGCUCUACUACUUGCCCUGUGGGGUUUUUAAGGAGCUCCGGCAAGUGGAAGGUGACAUUACAGCUUUUCUCAAGAGGAUCAUUGCCAGACACAGGGAAACCUUGGAUCCAGAGAACCCCAGAGACUUCAUAGACAUGUACCUGGUAGAGAUGCAGGACCAGCAGGCAGCAGGGACAAGGGACGUCAGCUUUUCUGAGGACUACCUCUUUUAUAUCAUCGGUGACCUCUUCAUCGCGGGGACUGAUACCACUACCAACACCAUUCUGUGGUGUCUGCUGUACAUGUGCUUGUACCCUGAUGUCCAAGAGAGAGUUCAGAAGGAGAUUGAUGCAGUAGUGGGGUUUAAGAGGACACUAUCACUGACAGACAGGGGCACUUUGCCAUACACUGAAGCCACUAUCAUGGAGGUACAGAGAAUGACUGCCGUUGUUCCACUGGCUAUACCUCACAUGGCUUCAGAGACCACAGUAUUCCGGGGAUACACUAUUCCUAAGGGCACCGUCAUUAUCCCAAACCUCUGGUCGGUUCAUAGGGACCCUACCGUAUGGGAAAAUCCAGAUGACUUCAACCCAGACCGAUUUCUGGAUGACAAGGGAAAUCUUCUAAGAAGAGAGUGCUUCAUUCCAUUUGGAAUAGGUCGCAGGGUAUGCAUGGGAGAGCAGCUGGCCAAGAUGGAGCUUUUCCUGAUAUUUACCAACCUAAUACAGGCAUUCAGUUUCAAGUUUCCAGAAGGACAUCCCCCUCCACCCAUGCAUGGCCGUUUUGGUCUAACCCUAGCUCCAUGUCCAUACACUGUCUCUGUUGCAGCCCGUGGAUCUGGCCAGAACCAUUUUAACAAAUAACGGGGGUGGGGGGUAAAUAUCAGCACAUUCACCAACUGUGUUCUGGUCUAAACUUCGGGGUCAGAGUGUGGGAUUUGAUAAGAGAGAGUUUGUAUGUGUGGUCUUUUAGUCAAGAGCAGUCGCUCUGAUUUAAUCUCAUUCGGAUCUGGCUCCUGUCCAGAGUGGAAAAGACGUUUCAGCUGGCUGACAUACCGGGACAUAAGAUACAUGCCUGCUUCGCACCCCCCCCCCCCCUCCCAAAAUCAGUACUGUGUUCUGGUCCAAUGCUUUUCAAGCUGAGCAGUUUUUCAGUUUCGUAACAAAGAGAUUUAAGUGAUUAAUGAAAUAAGUAUUGUUUGAGGGGCUUGAUAUGCAACACAUGGUUUUAUCCUAUUCUUGAGAUAUUCCACUGCACUUUAAUGCAUUUAAUGCAAUCGACUUUUACCUCAUUUAAAUAAUUUAACAAGUCAAGGGAAUUUCACUUUUUGACAAUUGUCUCACUUGUAAUUACACAUCAGUUUUCUGAUGUGUUAUUUCAGCAGACCAGUAUACCAAUAUUUUUGUCAUUAUCAUUUUGAUAUUUAGUAUCCAUAUCAAUGUGCACCUAACUGCACAAAGACGGCUUUCCACCAGUGUUCUUAAAUAUGACUAUUAAAAAGGUUUAUCUCCUGUGACAAAUGCAAACAUUAUCAGUGUCACAGUAUA